AUGGGAGAAAAAAGCGGAAAGUUGAGGGCAGGAAUAGCGGAGGCGGUGGCCAGCCUUAACGUCAUGCCACCUGAAAAUAUUGCUGCAACCACAACAGAUUUUUCUUUCCAAAAUAUGAGCAGUUUCAACGACACCUUCUUAUUUAACUGCACAGACCUUUUCAAUUGCACGUUUCAAAAUGGAACAAGAAACUUUACAACUGUCGAAGAAAUUGACUAUGAACCUCUUAGCGAUAUUAUUCUCAUGGGAAUCCUUUCCAUAGUUCUCGGUCUUAUGAUACUUAUAACAGUGAUUGGUAAUGCGGUUUUGCAAGCAAACAUUUCCACAUCGAGACCUGGAGCAUUCCCGUGGGCCGCAGCCAUGCCGCUGAGAAUCCGAGAGACAAAGGUUUACAUUUACACUUUCUAUUUUACGUUCAACAAUGCAAUAUCUCCGAUGGCGGAUUCGCAGGAACGCUUCAAUGGAUUCCUGCAGGGAAAUGCCUCAAUGUUAAUUAGGCUCACGCGGUUUAAUGGAUAUGUCUAUGGGUUUGAACGUCUUACUUCUUGCGGAUGCAAGGAAUUCAACGAGGUAAAUUUGGGUCUGGUUAAAGGAAAUAGAUAG